AUGAAGCUGCGCGCGACCAUUGCGCGUUUCCUGUCCGUAGCCUCGCUCGCGAUGGUGGGGACCGUGGCUAGCGAUAUUGGCGACUUCGUGCCGCAGGCGGAGGGCGCUACAGGUGGUGUCGUUGUGCUUUCAGUAACCAGACGCGGGAUCCUUUUUGACAAUGCUACCUUCCAUAUGGUCAAUAUCACCAUCGGAGGCAACUCCCAGUCCGCUAUCCUCUCUCUAGACACAUCGACGUCGUCCAUGUAUGUGAACUCCGACUGUGAAAUCGAUUUCCCUGUGGCCGAUUAUAUGUGCCGAAAGUACCCUAAGUACGACCCUGGUGCUUCGGAUACGUCUGAGCUGCUGAACCCUCCCCGAGAUCGUACUCCUGCGAAGUACGCAGACAACGUUAAGAUUGGGAACCUCACGCUCGAGAAGUAUGACUUCUUCGUGAGAACAGCUACCGAGUCUACGCAACUUACUGGACGUUUGGGCCUGGCCCACAACAAGGACUCGAUUGCGUCAGACCUCGUGGCCAGAGGCGUGAUAAAUAGCAACGCUUUCGGCUUCAAUCCUGGCCUGAUGAACAAAACAGGGUCGCUCAUCUUUGGUGGUAUCGACACCAAGAAAUACAGGUGCCAUUUGGAAAGGUUCCAGCACCCAGUGCUUGAUAAAGAUAGUCGUGACCGGAUCCUCCUUGGUGUGGAGAUGACGGGUGCUAGUUUGACAUUACCUGGUAUGCCCUACAAAGCGUUCGACUCAGCAUCAGUGAACCCCUACAAUUAUACAUAUCCGAGGGGCAUCCCCUACGUAACUCGCAGCGAGACGGUCUUCAGCGCAUUUCCCGCACGGCUAUUCCACGCGAUCGGAAAGUCGAUCCCGGGCGCGCAGUACGAACAAGACGCUUUUUCAGAACAGGGCAAAUCCACUACGGUUGAUAACACCACGUUCUCGCGUGUCGGCUAUUCCGUACCCUGUUCUCCAAGCCUCGAGGGCACUAUCUCCUUCACCUUCGGCCAGACGACCCAUAUCUCGGUGCCUCUGUCCAGCUUCGUUGUUCAGCAGACUAGAACGCUGUGCCUUCUCGCGAUGACGGCAACGAACCCCGAAGACUUGGACACUUAUGCAAUUGGAUCUGUCAUCUUAGAUGAUGCAUACAUGGCCUUUGAUUGGGCCAAUUACGCCAUAUGGUUCGGCGAGCUAGACGAUUGCGGCUCUAACAUUGUUCCUGUUGAUAAGGGCAAGGACGCUUUUCCUGUCAUGGAUGGAUGCAACUGCCCUAAGACUGAGCAUCCGCAGGAUCCCAAGGACGAUCCCAAAGACGAGCCCAAGAAGGACCAAAAGAAAGGAGUGGCUGCUCCGUCCACCGCCUAUCUGUCCCCGUCAUCUCUUGCCCUAGUAGCUCUGCUCAUAGCAGCAGUCACGCUGCUCGAUUAA